CUCUACAUUCACUACUGUUACUGGAUCUGUUACAUUAUCAAUAAAUCAAGCCUAAAAUCUAGGCCCCUCCAGGGAAGCCUUUGACUUGCAAUCACUGCCCUCACACCUUCCGUGCAAGAGGAAACAACCUGAGCAGUGACAUACUGUCUGAUCAGCAAAAUGGCAGCUAUCAACUCAGACCUCUCAGUCAUCGGGUACACAUUUGAAGAUAUCCAAGCAAUGGCCAGUGAGGUACUGAAACAUUCAACUCUUCGUCCCAAAAUUGGGAUCAUUUGUGGAACAGGGCUGGAUGGUAUAGCUGAGGCUGUGGAGAAUCAGACUGUUGUAAGUUAUGACUCCAUCCCUGGAUUUCCAGUUAGCACCGUGAAAGGCCAUUCAGGACACUUUGUCUUUGGAACUUUGCAAGGCAAAGCUGUGUUGCUGAUGAGAGGUCGUCUGCAUUAUUAUGAAGGUUAUCCAAUGUGGAAGGUUGCUAUGCCAGUGCGAGUGAUGAAAGCAGUGGGAAUUGAGACCCUAUUGGUGACAAACGCAGCAGGAGGUCUGAACCCAGAUUACAAGACCGGGGACCUGAUGGUGAUAAAAGAUCAUAUUGAUCUCCCUGGCCUGACUGGCGAGUGCGUGCUUAUUGGGAAGAAUGAUGAAAGGUUUGGACCUCGCUUUCUUGCGACAAACGGCACAUAUGACAAGGACUUGAGACAAAAGUUUAUGGAAGUUGUCGCUGAAAUGGGCCAUGCUGAUAUAAUUAAGGAAGGAGUCUACAUCAUGAUCGGUGGUCCAACUUUUUCUUCAACUGCUGAAGUUCGUGUGCUUCGAAUGUUUGGUGCCGAUGCUGUGGGAAUGAGCACGGUGCCAGAGGCAGUGGUAGGCCGACACAGCAGCAUGCGAGUAUUUGGUGUCUCUCUCAUCACUGAUAUGGUGGACUUUGAGGAUGGCUCGCAGUUCCAGGUGACUCAUGACGAUGUUUUGAAGGUUGCCCACCAGCGUGCUCAGUUAAUGAAAAAAAUGUUUCUGAAAUUCGUACAGUUUAUCGAUUAGUUCUAGAUUACUCAUUUUGCCACUUCACCAAUUUUUUUAAAAGUCAUUAGAAAUAUUUUUUUGCUAGAUAUUAUUACUACACAAGUUAUUGAUGAUAGUUUUGCUUUCUUUAUGUGCUAUGCAGUUGUUCACAGUUAAAGAGUUUUCCAAAUAAAUGAGAACCAAAUCUGUCUUUAUUGCCAUAAUUAUCUAACAGUGACCAACAAUAAUUGUUGAAGCUUGGUACCUCAGAUCUAUAUUUGUAGGAAUUAUCUCAUUAAUUCUCAACAUUAAAGUCAUGGCUUGAUAAUAUCAGUACCAUUUUUCUUAGGUGUAAGUAUUUAUUGUUAUGAGUGAAAAUAAAUAUCUUGAGGUACUUGGUGCAUCAAAAGUAUGUAUAAGUCUUGUUGAUUCAUAAAACUUCAGCCGUAAAUGAUUUGUGAAUGGAUUAAACUUUCUCCUCAUCAAAAAGCAUUUAGCGGGUGCUCUGAUGUGGUCGCCUCCUUUUUUCCUCUCAAACAUCUUGCGUCCUUUUUUAUCUUCCUUCUUUCUUGUGUUCAUUACUCUCUUGUAACACCUCUAAUCUUUAGCACUUUAUAUGACCUUCUCAUGUUGUAAGUGCUGUAAAGUUCUUACUAAAACUAAAACAAGCAUUUAAAUCUAUACAUCUGUUAAGUAUAACAGUAUUGAAUUUAGACAGUCAUUGGGACUGCCUGAACUUGUUAUACUUCUCUGCAAAGUAGAUUGGGAUUUUUGUUGUUGUAACAUUGUUCAAAUUAGCCUUUUUUCCUCACAAGAUUUCUAAGCUUCAGUAGACGCUAAUAGGUCUUUUCAAAGGAAAGAAAGGAAGGACAGCACUGCAAAGUGGACAUCAGCAUGCACUAUGUAGAAUAGUAACAGUUGUAUCUCACCACACAGCCAGCUUGAGAAAAUAAAGAGAGGGCCGGGAACAGGGUGAUAAAACAAAAAAGUCUUAAGUUUCUGAGCUCAGUACUUCUUAUUGUGGUAUGGUAUUGAAUAAUAAAGUAUUAAAGAGUGACUAUCAGUAUUGUCAAAGUUUAUAAAGCUCACAAUCAUUUUUAGACUAUGGAUAUUUGGUUUGGUUUUUUUCCAUUUGUGAUACGGGUACUGUUUAUAUACUGCUGGCUACCUUUUUUAAGCUUUGUGAUAGUGUAAUGAGUGUUAAGAAACACAUGUACUGGUAGUAGUACUAGAUGAAUGUUUGAUGUUUGUCACAUCAGUAGUGCACACAAUCGCAUUUUCAGUAAAUUAUUUUGGGGGGGGCCUUUAUGCACUACCAUCUGUUUUUUCAAUUAGUUUAAGACUAAGACACUUUGAGGACACGGUUCAGUCACAGCAGACAAUAGUGUUUGUGCUUUAUUGGUCUAUGUUUUAUGUCCUGUCUGGAUGGCUGAGGGUGGUUGGCGGGUGCUCUGGUGUGGUUUGCUCCUUCGUUCCUAUCAAACAUCUGUCAUCUUUAUCUCCUCCUUCUUUUUUGUGUUUGUUACUCUCUUGUAAAACUUCUAAUCUUCUGCACUUAUAUGACCUAAUUGUGUUGCAAGUGCUGUAAAAUGCUUACUUUGUCUUAUGGCAUAUGUAGCUGAUUAGGUCAAUGCACACAAGACAAUGUUACUGGCAUAGACAAGGAUUGAUGUCCCGCCCUUUUUUGCAUCAUAUAUUACAUAUUCCGGUGCCUUUAUUGCUAGCAAGGUUUUGCUCUUGCAUCCUGAGAAUCUCAACUUUCUUUUUUUCUCUUUGGCUGUGAUCCUCACAGAUUGUGAAGUUGACCUCAUGGUAGGUCUUUUCCCUUUUGUAGGUAUUGUUGUAUCUUGGAAGAAGCAGACCUUUUCUUCCCCUCCUUCUGUUCUCUUGUUCUCUAUCAAGGAAGUCCAAUAGUCUUCCAUUUCAAUGCAGUGAAAGAAUCCUAAAUAUCGGAAGUCUUUGUGAAAAUACCUUGGGAACCCCUGGUUUUCCUGUGCCUAUGUGUUCUUCAUGUUGUCUAGCCAUUUUAUUUGAAAGUUCUUUCUGGAGCAACUCAUGUGAAACCUUUCGAAUUUUUGUCUGCUGAUGUGAAUGUGAAGUCCCUCACAUUUAAAAUACAUGCAUGGUGCAGGAUUUUCAUUUUCUUGAUCUUAACUUUUUUCACUAACACAGGGUUUUCCUCACCUGGACUGGGCCUUUUCUGUGACCUACUUUUUGAUUCUGCCGCCCUCAGACAAUUUAAAGAUUUUGAGUUCAAUUUGAACAUUAGCCACAGGCAUUAUGUUUAAAAAUACAGGGAAAAUAAUGACCUAUCUCAACAUGUUGCUAAAAGUGGUAAUUCUUCAGCUUAAGAUUUCAGUUUCGAUUAUUACAUAAAUAGGACUGGUUUUGAAGCAGAAAAUGGCGACCCAUGAAACAUAGCUUGCGAUCCAGCGUUGGGAGUAACAGUAACACAAGCUGUGAAACAUGGCUUGCAGUAGUGAAAGAGUUAAUCAUGUUGAGAUUCCUGUCUCUCCUGACUCACUUUGACUUUGAUAACUGUUUUGUGGUCAUGGAACCUUUUGCAAACUUUGAUGAAUGAGAGUCUUGGUAAUACUAAUAGAUCAUAAGCAUUUGCAGUGGUCUGCUACUUCUUGUAGCUUUUCAUUCCCAUCAAUGAUUUCUUUUUGCUUGGAUAUUGUAUCUCUCUCAGUUCAUGUUGGCCCAGAUAGGCAGGGUGAAGCAGCCUACCUCCUAAAUGAUCUAAAUUGUGUUGAGGGGAGUGUAAAAUGUCUAAAGUUUUAAUUUUUUACGUUCUUCAAAGCAUCUUAGUGUAUUUCUAGCUCAAUAUCAGGGCGACUCUUUGGCAUGCAUCUGAAAAUGUGUCCCCCAGAUUUUGCGGUUCUUCUUCUAAGUUCAGUCCUUCUAGUCUGUAAAUCCUAUUAUGCAAGUACAUGUGCCACAUUUGGUAACUACUGGUAACUACAUUUGGUAACUACUGUAUUCCUAACUGGUUCCCAUUUCUUUGAUUAUUUUUUAAUCGAUAAAAUGAAAUUACCAAAAAAAAUUAUCAAGCUUUACUUUUUGUUUUGACUGUCUGUUUGUCUCUGUCUCUUGAAAAUGCAAAAAUUGCUCUUUUCAUGUGAUUUUCCUAAGGGAUUGUUUUUUUAAAUGUCAAAAUUAAGUAAGCCAAUAUUGGUUUUAUGAUUUUAUAUCACUUUUUGUCUGUGAGUGUUUUACGUGAUUGAUUGAUUGAUAUGCAUAGACUGCUUUUGUGUUUGUAUUUAGAAGUGUUUGCUGUAUCAUAUAUCUGAACCAUACUUUUUAGUUUUGCACUGUCUGUUGUUGGGAUUGUUGGGGCUAUUUUUUUGCAUUAAAUUUAUUUUUUUUUAUAGUAUGAGCUUUCUUUUCCUGCUUUGUGCUUUAUAUUACAUGAAGUAAUGAUAUUUUACUUAUAAAUGCUUUGUAUUUUAUUAUAUCCUAUUCAGUAGGAACUCAUGUUGCAUGAAACCUCAUAAAGCAUGAGAAUGCUCAAGGUCCUUGAACAAAUUACUUCAUUAUUCAUAUUUCUUUAAAGAAAAUAAUGAAUUCACUUUGGCUUGAAGGAACAAUGCAAUUCAAGUGACCAUUAAUAAUGCAAACACAUUAGCAUCCAGCCCCCCACCCCCUCUCCCCCCCCCCCCACACACACUUCUUUUAGCUUCUUUGUUUUCCACUAGAAGCAAAUAUUUAUAAGUUUAAUUAACAGAAGAACAUACAUAAGCUUAAAGUUAGAGCCAGACUUGCUCAUCAGAGUUUUUCCAAAGCAAAAGUGUGAUUAACGUAAACCUUCGAUUUUAAAUGAGAAUUGAAUUUUUUUUUCUUGUACUAAAGAUGCAAGGAAAAGGAUGAAAAGGAUUCCAGAAUCAUGUGGGCAGUGCUAAGAUGUUUCUUACCCCUGUCAUAUCAUUAGGCCUGAUCUUCACUGAUUAAGUCAAUUAUAUUUAUAAGGAAAACGGAGUAUAGUCUUAAAUUGAAUAGUCGCAAUAAGAGCAGUGGUACAAAAGUUUGGUACUGGUGUAAUAAAAAACAUUUCAAGCAUUACUGUUUUUUUAGUUUCGUAAACAAUUGUUUCGAAGGGUAAAGAAAUAUUGUCACUUGAUGAUAACAUUUGAAUUUAGGUAAUUGUGUGAAUUUUAAAUGAAUUUCAAGUCCCGUUGCAAUAUUUUUGACAAGGUGCUUUAAUCAUUUCACUCAGUUUAAUUAAUAGAUAGGAACAAAACUUAAUACUAAGAUAAAAACGCAGGUAUAAGAUUUUACUGAGAUUGACUAAAACAAACGGUUCACUGUACUGUCAAAAGUAUCUCAUUCCAUUUUUUAUUGCAUAAAGAUUUAUUUGCUUUUGAAGUACCAAUAAUAAAAAUAUUUUAUUGAUCUUCUAUGACAGUAUAGCACCUUUUUGAAAAUCCACAUUUAUACAGUGCCGACCUCAGAACAGCAAGAGAAUUGUUUUGAAAACUUCUUUAAAUCUGAAACCGUUACAUGUAUGAGGGCUGCUCUUGCUAUAAAUGUCAUUUAUCUAUUUAUGAUGUAUUGUAUAAAGGCAUGUCCUUUUUACUGUACACACAGAGCUUAAUGCACUGAGCAAAGAUAUCAGCUGUUGGCUAGCUAGUUGGAAAAGUGAGUUUGUUUCUCAAGACGGGAAGAUUAGUUCUGUGAGUAUUUUUUCUGUCUGCUGGAAUAAUGAAAUCCCACCCCUUCAGGUUGGCUGGAACAGGCAAGGUCAAUGCAGCCUGCCUUCUAAGAUCUAAAUUGUGUGGAUGGGAGUGUACCAUUGAAUGUUUUCAAUUGUACCAAUUGACAUUUCAUAUCAGUCACUUUGUGAUCAAAUCAUAGGUGGCUUGCUAAGUUUUACUGAAUUUUCACAAUAAAAACUAGUCAAACUAUGAAGUUCAUAGAAAUGAUAUAGAAUUUAAAACAUAGGAAAGUGUCCUUUCUUUAAAGAAAAAUAAUAUAAUUCUUACUUAUUAGUAUUGGGUACUUUAACUUUAAAAUAUUCAAGAUGGUCCUGUUUUGUUUUAUUCUCUGUUGAAUUAAGAAAAAGACUUUUUCAUUUUUAGUGCCUUGAAUUUCUCAAUGAUGAAAAAUAAGGAGAAGAAGAGAAUUCUUUACUAAACUUGUGUAGUCAGGUUUUACAUCAAAUUAUACAUGAUUUAUAAAUUCAGUUAAAACUAACGAUGUAUUUUGCAUAGAUCAGGUUUGCCACCUUGUACUAUUGUGUUCACUGGCAGCAGAUGUUCAAAAUGUUUUAUUUUUCUGUGAUGUCAAAAUGUUGAAACACCUACAAUGCUCAUAACCAAUAUAUAACUCAUUAUUUCCCUAUUGUAAAAAUGUUUUUUUAACAUAUUUUUUGGUCUUCCUAUUUCAUGUUUUCCGAAGUACUGAUAUUAGGUUCUUGAUAUAUUUGACCUUGAUGGAACAUAUUGGUGGUAUCGUAAGCAAUCCGCUGAAGUCCAUUUUGGUACUUUUUACCCUGAACACACACAAAAAGAACCAACUAGUUUUUGUUGCGAUGCUCCUAUCAGGAAUCAUGAAAAGCGAGAAAAUUGUAUAAGCCUCUACCAUGACAAUACGUUAAACUGCAUCAAAAAUUGGAAUUACGAAGUCUGUCUCAGAAUAAAGUUUCCCUGUCAUGCUGUCCGCAGAUAUAAUUAUAAAUCACCUUGUAUCAACAGAAAGCUUAUUCAAAUACCUAUCAACGUAGGAAUCAUCAAGUUCAAGACAUUUUUCCAUUUGAUGUACUCAGCGGUCAAAGACAGUGGCCAGUGAUCGUUUGUCCAAGGUCCCGAGUGCUUUACUCAGAGCCUCUUCUGUCUGGUCCUCGUCCUCAAAUCGCAGACCUCGCAGCAUUUCUUUCACCUUGGGGAAGAGGUGGAAGUUGCAUGGAGCGAGAUCGGGCGAAUAGGACGGGUGUUCCAGUAAUUCCCACGAGUAGCCCUAAACAAGCUCGUUCACAACUCUGGACUUGUGAACAUGCGCGUUGUCAUGAUGCAGGAUGACGCUUUCUUCAAGCAAAGCGGGUCUUUUGUCCGGGUUGCGAGUCGCAGCUUGUCUUUGAGGACGAAUCUGUAGUAGUCACCAUUGACAGUUACGCAAGGCGUGACUAGCCAGCCCAGUAUGAUGUCACUCAUGUCGAAAAAAAACCCAAUGUGGUGCAUCACAUUUCUCUGCCCGAGUUUUCUGUGUGGGCUUCAUCUUUCAUGUCAGACCUCCCACCUUCAACCUCCCUGGUCCAUUUCCUUACUAUUUGAAUUGAUGAGGCAUUAUUCUUUAUUACUUUGUAUAGAUCACCAUUGGUUUCAGCUACAGACUUGCCAAGAAGAGUUGAACAUUUGAUCACAACUCGGACAGCGUAGCAUGAGUAGGUUGCACCGAUGUUUUGCUCAGCCAUUUUCCUGGAAUUUGCCUUGGACAAAGUGCACAAGAACACAGCACUUGACACGUCACAGCUCUAUGACCCAUGCACUAAUGCCCUUGAAAUUUAGCGUUGAGAUUUUUUAGACAUGAUGUCAUGACAUCACAAAAUUUAGCAGCUGUUGGUUGUGUACUUUGGAUUUUAUGGAGGAGGGAAACUUUAUUCUGAGACAGACCUCGUAUGUGGAUUGCUUUUGACAGCGAUGAUAUAAAUUUGCUGUGACUGUGUGUGUAUUUUGUCCCCCCCCUCCCAACUCAUUCUUUUUCAUAAGUACUGUCUUUUGUACUUACUUGCAUUAUUGCAUGUAGUUCAUCUUGUUUUGCUUUUAUUAAAAUCUACUUUUAUUACCUUA